AUGGACUACGAAAAUGAUCCUGGAUGGCAAUAUUUGCGACGAUCCCGAGAGCAAAUGCUCGCGGACCAAAGUCGCCCAUAUGACUCGAAGAAGAACGUUUGGGUGCCAGAUACUGAAGAGGGCUAUAUCGAAGGAAUCAUCACGAAGACAACCGGUGACAAUGUCACCGUUAAUCUUGGACAAGGCAAUGAGAAAGUCUUCAAAAAGGAAGCCGUUCAAGAGAUGAAUCCGCCGAAAUUCGAAAAAACCGAGGACAUGUCUAAUUUGACGUUCCUCAACGACGCAUCUGUACUACAUAAUCUACGAUCACGUUAUGCUGCUAUGCUUAUCUAUGUGAGUUUGAGCUUCAACUAG